UCCGCAUCCUCUGACAUUCAUCUCCAGCUCGCUCUGCGAAUAGCCUCUGAGCUCCACUACAGUCAGCCAGUCCACCCCACCGCUCAAUUUCAUUUCUGGGAUACGGCGAGGAUUGUAUCUUGUCCUCAAUGCUGGCAAUGGCACUAACCAUCCUGCGAGACUGGUGCGGCUUGAUGGCCAUAAACGCACAGCGCUCCCUGCUCAUCCUGGGCAUCCCAGAUGACUGUGAGGAAGAGGAAUUCCAGGAGACUGUGCAGGAUGCACUGAGGCCCCUGGGCGAGUACCGAGUGCUGGGCAUGAUCUUCAGAAGGGAGAUCCAAUCCAGGGUCGCCUUGGUUGAGUUUCCUGAGUAUUUAAACCGAAGUUUGAUCCCCCAACAAAUACCAGGCAGGGAGGGACCCUGGACUGUGAUCUUCCUGCCGCAGGUUCCUGAUGGUGACUCACAGGAUAGACCAGAUUUCCCUGAACAGCCCCAGGGGGAAGCAGUGGCUGGCAGGGCAGAUGAGGCAAGAGCUGCAAGUGUGGAAGCUGCUGCAGGUGAGGAUGUAGCUGUAGGUGAGGAUAUACCUGCAGGUGAGGAUAUGGAUAUAGCUUCAGGUGAGAUUAUGGCUGCAUGUGUGGAUGUAGCUGUAGGUGAGGAUGUAGCUGUAGGUGAGGAUAUACCUGCAGGUGAGGAUAUAGCUUCAGGUGAGAUUAUGGCUGCACGUGUGGAUGUAGCUGUAGGUGAGGAUGUAGCUGUAGGUGAGGAUAUACCUGCAGGUGAGGAUAUAGCUUCAGGUGAGGAUAUGGCUGCACGUGUGGAUGUAGCUGUAGGUGAGGAUGUAGCUGUAGGUGAGGAUAUACCUGCAGGUGAGGAUAUAGCUUCAGGUGAGAUUAUGGCUGCACGUGUGGAUGUAGCUGUAGGUGAGGAUAUACCUGCAGGUGAGGAUAUAGCUUCAGGUGAGGAUAUGGCUGCAGGUGUGGAAGAAGCUUCAGGUGAGGAUGUAGCUGUAGGUGAGGAUAUACCUGCAGGUGAGGAUAUAGCUUCAGGUGAGAUUAUGGCUGCACGUGUGGAUGUAGCUGUAGGUGUGGAUGUAGCUGUAGGUGUGGAUGUAGCUGUAGGUGUGGAUGUAGCUGUAGGUGAGGAUAUACCUGCAGGUGAGGAUGUAGCUGUAGGUGUGGAUGUAGCUGCAGGUGAGGAUGUCGCUGCAGGUGACUCAGAUGAGGAGGGAGCUUCAGGUGACACAGGAAUCGCAGGCAUGGCAGGAUCUGUGAGUUUGGCAGGAGCCUCAGGUGAGGCAGGGUCUCCAGGUGAGGAAGCUGUGGGUAUGGCAGGAGCCCCAGGACAGGCAGGAGCCUGGAACCAGCAAUGGAGGCAGGCUCUGCAGCCUCUGCUGGAAAAUAUGGCCUAUCAGGAACUGAGAUCCUUUUCUGGCCUGGACGAGCCAAGCCACCAGCAGGAGUCCUUUGAGAGCUGGCUGGACCACGCCAACGAAAUGCUGUACCUGUGGCGCCACAUAUCGGAAAGGGAGCGGCGGCGGCGGCUGGUGGAGAGCCUGCAUGGGCCCGCUCUGGAUCUGGUGAGUGGCAUCCUGAAUGAAAAUGCUGACAUCACAGCGCAGGACUGCCUGGCUACGCUGAUUCAGGUGUUUGGGAACAAGGACAACCGAGCAACCGCGCGGCUGAGGUUCAUGACUUGUGCCCAGCGGCCCCAGGAAACUCUCUUUGCCUAUGUGAUGCGCCUGGAAGGCCUGCUGCAGGCGGCCAUGGAGAAGGGGGCCAUCCAACCCUCCAGCGCAGACCAGAUGCGUGCCAGGCAGGUGCUGAUGCGGGCUCGCCCCAAUGAGAUUCUCUGGAACAAGCUGAGAAGGAUGCGCCUGGAGAGGAGACCACCUGGCUUCCUGGGGAUGCUCCGGCUCAUUCGGGAGUCAGAGGCAUGGGAGGCCACUCCCACUACGAGCCAGCAGCAGUUUCCAGUGGAAGAAGGGCCCUGGAUGGACAUUGAAGAUUUGGCUGCUGCCCAGGCUGCUCUAGCCCGUGAAGAUGCCCAGGCCGCUCUGUUUUUUGAAGAUGUUGGCCUGGCCUCUGCAGCCUAUGAAGGUGCUGCUCAGGCCACCCCACCCUGUGAAAAUGCCGCUCAAGCUGCCAUUUCCGAGGAAAACGCAGUGGCCGUUGAGGCGGGUCCUGCCACUGCCCAUCCUGAUGAGGCUGGCCCUUCCACUGCCCAUCCUGAUGAUGCUGGCCCUUCCACUGCCCAUCCUGAUGAGGCUGGCCCUUCCACUGCCCAUCUUGAUGAGGCUGGCCCUUCCACUGCCCAUCCUGAUGAGGAGGGUCCUGCCACUGCCGAUCCUGAUCAGGCGGGCCCUGCCACUGCCGAUCCUGAUCAGGCGGGCCCUGCCACUGCCGAUCCUGAUCAGGCGGGCCCUGCCACUGCCGAUCCUGAUCAGGCGGGCCCUGCCACUGCCGAUCCUGAUCAGGCGGGCCCUGCCACUGCCGAUCCUGAUCAGGCGGGCCCUGCCACUGCCGAUCCUGAUCAGGCGGGCCCUGCCACUGCCGAUCCUGAUCAGGCGGGCCCUGCCACUGCCGAUCCUGAUCAGGCGGGUCCUGCCACUGCCGAUCCUGAUCAGGCGGGUCCUGCCACUGCCGAUCCUGAUGAGGCUGCUCCUGAAACCGGUGGUGCCACUGGGGCAGACCCUGCCCCUAAGGAUACCACCAAGGCCUCCCCUGCCAUUCAGGGAGAUGAGAGUGCUCUGGCUCCUGCAGGUCUAGGUCAGGCAGGGCCCUCGCCUGCCCACAUGGGCAUUGCUUUCAGGGUGGGCUCAGGAAGUCCUGGCAGUGACCCAGAGGAACUGUCCCAGGAAGAAGAUGAGGAGGCUGACGAGCCCCACGAGGAGGAGCGCAUUCUCUUCCAGGAGGAGUCAGAAAGUGACGACGGGUUUGGGGACAUGAGUUCCCCCGAGCCCUCCUUCAAGUAAGCUUGGAAGGGCCAGUGGCCUGUUCCCCGGGGCACCAGAGCCCUGGAGGCAGGGGAAGGCCACCUCACCCCACAUGGGGAGCAGGGCCCAGGGAAGGGUCUUCCCUGCCCCCUGGCCCCCCACUACUCCCAAAGGGCCCUGACCACCACCAUCAGCUCUUCCAAGACACCAAGAUGACCGUUUGUGAUACCAAUGGGACGUCCAGCCCCAAACCCUGCCCACUUGGGCACCCCUGGGCAGCCAGUCCCAGUCCAAGUGAGGGGCACCUGAAUAUGUCUGCCACCUGCAUUGGACUGGGAAACGUUAGGGGCCAUUUCAAGGGUGCCAGUCUCUGGGACCCCCAUCCUCCAUCCCCUGGGCAGCCCUCAUCCUAUUUCUCUGUAGGCCCUAUAGUGACCCCCUCUCCCCCGCACACACAGGCCUUGGUGCUUGUGCAGAACCUCCAGGUGUGUGUGAACCCAGAUGGGUGUCCUGCCCCCCCGGGGCAGCCACCUCUCAGCCCCGGCACGUGCUGUGAGCCCCACUGCCAGCCAAGGCUCUGCCAGCUCUCGUCCAGUGUCAUGAGCUCAGCCUCAGCUUUCUCAGUGUAGAUUUAGGCCAACUGCUGCUUGUGCUUGUGGAGAUGUGUGUGUUCUUCUCUGAGCAGUUUUCUCCCUCCCCACCGCGAACAUCACCCACCUUGGAGACCCUGUGCCCAGGCCCAGGAGAGGGCGGGAAGGACCAGCGAAGGUGUGGCCGGUGCUUACCCAGUGACCCCUGGAAGAAGCGGACCAGGGACAGAAGGCGGCUGCUGGAGGUUUCAUGGACACUGUGUACUGAUGUCACCCCGUUCUUUGUGACUCAGUUUCCUCAGCAUGGUGGAGUGUCCCUUGCUGUGUUUUACAGUGUCCUCUGUCUGUCCUGUGCAGGCCAUAGGGCAGAGCUAGGCCCCAGCAUGUUGUCCAGAGGGGAGGGAACCCUGCAGUGAGUGGACAUCACCAGCGUCCAUUAUCCUGCAAAGACCAAUUGUGGGCCCUCAGGGAGGGAGAAUGUAGUGUGAGGGCUGUGGUGUGGAGGAAGUUGAGGCACCUCAUCCGGGACCCCAGUAGAAGGUGGGUUAAGACCUCUGGGCUCUAGUGGCCAGUUAGAAGUUCCCCUCUGUUGUCAUUCCCUUUGUUCAAUGGUUUCAACAAAUAUUUCUUUUUCAAUAAAUGUUACUGAAUGUU